GGAGUGGGAGGAGGGGAACCAGCGCUGGGUGCAGGAGGUGUCCAGCGCGCCCAGCACCCGCCUGGACGUCGUCCGCUUGGAGGAGCAGCUGGACCUGCAGCUGCAGCAGAGGGAGGGGGGGGGGGGCGGCGGCGGCAUCUGCCCCGUGCGCAGGGAGCUCUACUCGCAGUGCUUCGAUGAACUGAUCCGUGAAACUACAAUUAACUGCGCAGAGCGAGGGCUGUUGCUGCUGCGAGUCAGGGAUGAAAUCCAAGUAACAAUCGCUGCUUAUCAGGUGCUGUAUGAGAGCAGCGUUGCGUUUGGCAUGCGGAAGGCUCUACAAGCCGAGCAAGGCAAAGCUGACAUGGAAAAAAGAAUUGCAGAGCUGGAAGAGGAAAAGCGGGAGUUGGAAAGACAAGUGAGUGAACAGAAAGCUAAAUGCGAAGCCAUUGAAAAAUAUCACUGUGAAAGGCGACAGACAGAAGAAAAGAAACUCCUUGGAGAGGUUCAGUUCCUGAAACAGACAAACCAACAGCUGAAGGCCCAACUUGAAAGCAUCAUUGCACGAAACAAGUAG